AUGAAAAAAAAUAGACUUUCCAGUUUCAUUGACAUAAGAAAUGCCUUUUUCUCCGAAGUUGCCAUUGGGAUCUUGGCCAACACCAUCCUUCUUCUCUUCCAUGCCCACAACUUCCUUCUUGAGCACAGACCCAAGUCCACUGACCUGACCAUUGGUCACUUGGCCCUAAUCCACAUAGUCAUGCUACUAACCGUGGCAUUUAUGGCUACAGACACCUUCGGGUCUCAGAAAACCUGGGAUGACAUCCAAUGUAAGUUGGUUGUCUACCUGUACAGUUCGAUGAGGGGCCUCUCCAUUUGUGUCACCUGCCUGCUGAGUGUCCUCCGGGCCAUCACCCUCAGCCCCAGAAACUCCCGUCUGGCCAAGUUCAAACUUCGCCCAUCCCAUCACAAUCUGUAUUGCACUCUCUUCCUGUGGGUCUUCAACAUGUUCAUCAAUGGUUUCUUCUUACUGUCCACUAUUGCCACCCCCAACGUGACCUCAGCCCAUCUUCUACGUGUCACUGAAUCCUGCUCACUUCGCCCCGUGAUUCACUUCCUUAGGUAUGUACAGUUUGUACUGAGGACCAUUCAAGACAUCUGCUUGUUGGGGCUCAUGGCCCUCUCAAGUGGAUACAUGGUGACUCUCUUGUACAGGCAUAAGAGGCAGACCCAGCAUCUUCAGAGCACCAAGCUUUCUCCAAAAGCAUCCCCAGAAGAAAGGGCCACCCAGACCAUUCUAUUCCUCAUGAGUCUCUUUGUGGUCAUGUACUUUUUGGACAUAACUGUCUCUUGGUUCUCAAGAAUGUUGUGGGAUAUCGACUCUGUGCGUAUGUGUGUCCAGAUGCUUGUGGGAAAUGGCUAUGCUAGCAUCAGUCCUUUGGUGCUAAUCAGUACUGAAAAGCGAAUAAUCAAGGUCUUAAGAUACAUAUGGGUGAGAUGGCAUUAA